AUGGUUAUGGCAACAGCUGCCGUUGAUCGCUUUGCACCGACUCAUUUUGACAAUCAUAUUCUUGUCAAGAAGAAUUUCUUCUAUGAUCAUCAGCAUCAACACAAUGGCGCUGUGAUCGCUAAACAGUUGAUUGGCGAUGCUCUUCGCCAUCGCGUCGAGAACAUUGACCAUGAGUCUUGUGAGCCAGGGGAUGAGGAUACCUUUUUCGUGGGCGAUCUUGGCGAGGUCUACCGCCAGCACAUGAGAUGGAAGAAGAAUCUUCCACGCGUGAAGCCAUUUUACGCUGUCAAGUGUAACCCGGACUCUAAGGUUAUUCAGCUUCUUGCUGGAUUGGGCACCGGCUUCGAUUGUGCCUCGAAGUCCGAGAUCGAGCAAGUUCUCAGCUUGGGCGUCGAUCCGUCUCGCAUCAUCUAUGCUCAGCCAUGCAAGACCAACUCUUACGUGCGCUACGUCGCCAACCAAGGCGUCAAGCAGAUGACUUUCGACAAUGCUGACGAACUGCGCAAAAUUGCCAAGCUCUUCCCUGAUGCCGAGCUCUUCUUGCGCAUUUUGACCGAUGACUCAUCGAGCUUGUGCCGUCUAAGCUUGAAAUUCGGCGCUUCCCUUGACUCCACCAAUGAUCUCUUGGCUCUUGCCAAGGAACUUGGCUUAAACGUCGUUGGCGUGAGUUUCCACGUGGGCUCAGGGGCAUCCGACCCCCUCGCCUUUCUCAAGGCCGUUCGGGAUGCAGAGCAUGUCUUCAAGCAAGCCUACGCCCAUGGCUUUGACAUGAAAACGCUCGAUGUUGGUGGCGGAUUCAGUGGCGAUACUUUUGAAGACAUGGCCCUCGUCUUGCGUGAGGCUCUUGACGAAUAUUUCCCGCCACACAUCAACAUUAUUGCCGAGCCUGGCCGAUACUACGUUUCUUCGGCAUUCACCAUUGCUUGCAACAUCAUAGCUCGCCGCACCAUUGAUAACCCAGCUACGGGCGAGACUAGUUACAUGACCUAUCUCAAUGAUGGCUUGUAUGGCAACUUCAGCAGCAUUAUGUUUGAUCAUCAACACCCUAUCGCAAAGGUGUUGCGAUCGGGCAAGCGGACCUACUACAACACUCCUCUUUCUAACAGCUUGCCUGAGGGUGUCAACGCUGGCACUGAGUACUCUAUCUGGGGCCCGACUUGCGAUGGCAUUGACCGCAUCACUGAGAGUAUCCGCUUUGCCCAUGAGCUUGAUGUUGGUGACUGGUUGUACUUUGAAGACAUGGGUGCUUACACCAAGUGCUCGGCUACGAAGUUCAAUGGCUUCAGCAACAGCCAUGACGUUAUUUACGUCUGUAGCGAGCUAGGUGCGAGAGCUCUCAUGGAUCUCUAG